GUUCCGCAUUUCGGCUCUGCUAAGUGGGGGAGGCGGACGAGGUGGGCUUAUCGCUUGCAUCCGCUGAAACGGCUCGACCCCGGCUCAGAGCAGCGGCGGCCAGUGUUUCAGCCGUCGGCGGGCCGAGGACUGUCGCUACCUCUCAGUUCCCGUGCGGGCUCCGAAUCCUAACUGCGGCAGGGGCCAGCGGCCCCUCCCCUCCCCUCUGAGGAUAGAAGAUGAGCUUCCUCUUCAGCAGCCGCUCUUCUAAAACAUUCAAACCAAAGAAGAAUAUCCCUGAAGGGUCUCAUCAGUAUGAACUCUUAAAACAUGCAGAAGCAACUCUAGGAAGUGGGAAUCUGAGACAAGCUGUUAUGUUGCCAGAGGGAGAGGAUCUCAAUGAAUGGAUUGCUGUUAACACUGUGGAUUUCUUCAACCAGAUCAACAUGUUAUAUGGAACUAUUACAGAAUUCUGCACUGAAGCAAGCUGUCCAGUCAUGUCUGCAGGUCCAAGAUAUGAAUAUCAUUGGGCAGAUGGUACUAAUAUUAAAAAGCCAAUCAAAUGUUCGGCACCAAAAUACAUUGACUAUUUGAUGACUUGGGUUCAGGAUCAACUUGAUGAUGAAACUCUUUUUCCUUCUAAGAUUGGUGUCCCGUUUCCCAAAAACUUUAUGUCUGUGGCAAAGACCAUUCUAAAGCGUCUGUUCAGGGUUUAUGCCCAUAUUUAUCACCAGCACUUUGAUUCUGUGAUGCAACUGCAAGAGGAGGCCCACCUCAACACCUCCUUUAAGCACUUUAUUUUCUUUGUUCAGGAGUUUAAUCUGAUUGAUAGGCGUGAGUUGGCACCUCUUCAGGAAUUAAUUGAGAAGCUUGGAUCAAAAGACAGAUAAAUGUUUCUUCUAGUACACAGUUACCCUCUUGCUUCACCUACUGCUAGAGCUAUCUCAUUGCUAUCUGUUAUAGACUAGUGAUACAAACUUUAAGAAAAACAGCAUAAAGACACCUAUUGUCUGUGUCUACUGAUAAAAAUUGUCCCAAAGGUAGGGUGGCCUAAUACUUUCGGAGUGAGAAAUUCAGGAUACAGCCGAAUCUGAGGCACUAUGUCACCACUCUUGUCACACUUGGUUUUAAUACGUGAUGAUUAAUCUGUAGUUUAUCAGUUUACUUGUUAUUCUUUUAUUAAAGAAAAUGAUUUAGUCUGUUUCAGAUUACAGCAUAAUGGAUAUUAAGAAUUUCCACCAAUAAUUUAUUAACAAGUUUCCACAACAAAUUUGCUAAUAAUUCAGUCAAAUAGGUUAUAUUCUACUUAUAGAAGAGGUAUUUUUAAGUUUCCUUAAGAUUUAGAACAAUUUGUAUCACUUUGGAUAACCAUUUAGUUUGAAGUUUUUACUAGUGUUUUAUAGAUAAAACAUAUUUUUUCAAAAUCCAUGAUUGCCAUUUAAAUCAUCAUAUGACAUGUAUGGGAGAAACCAAAGUUAAUUCUAAAAUGACUUUAUUUUAAAUCUUUAUUUGGGAUUUUAUUCACAUACGAGCCUAUUUAAAUGUUUAGGAGGAGUAUGUGUGUAUCAGAAAUAAUUUUUUUCUAAGGCAUCUAAGAUGGUCUUGCAGGUUUUUUGUUGUUGUUGUUUUUCGUUUUUAUUUUUUUAAUACUUCGUAUGUAUUUGAAUAUAUAGCUUUUGGCUGGCAAAAAGCAAACUUCCAAAAAAUUACAAAUUUAGGUCUCAAACCACUAUUUUCAUUCAUGUUGCCUUUCAGAAGGCUUUGAAAUGCUGGAUAGGAGGAUGGAAGAAAAUACUCAGAUUACUUGAUUGUUUUGUGUUUAGUUUCCUUUUUUAAAGAAUUCUGUAUGCAUGUGUGUGUGUGUCUAUCUUGAGACUUAGUGAAGAGUACUGUAGAAAUGCACCAACUUUAUCCCAAUAAGGAUAAAACUUAAGGAAAACCACAAUUUAAAAAAACCUUAAAAGGUGUACACAUUUUAUAACAGAGCUAAAAGUUUGGUGUGUUUCCUAUUCGUGUGUGUGUGUGUGCGUGCGUGCGCGCAUUUAAAGGAGACAACAUGGGAGAGAUAAGUAAAUAUCUUCAUUCUGUUAAUAGUCAAGGGAUGGAUUGAGCCCUCAUAGGGGUUUUAUCCUGUGUUGUUUUUGUAUCAAAACUUGAAAUUACUCUAUUUCUAUUCAGAUAAAAAAAAAAAAUCGUCCACUUAAGUGAAGAAAAGAUCCGAUUUUCAUUAGGUUUCUAGGAUUUAGUAAACUCUGACUAAAUGUAUUGAGGCACAAGUAUACUAAAGACCUGCCAGACUGGCACCGCUUGAAGUUCAUCGGCAUUCUGUUUCAGAGGGGUACUUUUGCAAAGUAUUCACUAGCUUCUUGAUGGCUUUGGCAGAGGUUAAUUUUGAUAGAGUGUUUUUGUUAUUUAUUUUUAUUAUUCCACUAGAUAUAAGGAAGAGGAUUACUUAGAAACUCCAUUUUUAUAAUAAUUCAAUUUCAAUAAAUUAUUAAAUAUAUACAGAAUUUUAAAGGAAACAAAACAUCUCAUCUAAUUAGGCUGAAAUCAUACUUCAUUGUUUCAGGAAUUAAAAGAGUGGGAUAAUCACUUAUGAAAAAAAAGAGAAAAGCCCUCUGAGACAUUCCACAAUCCACAUUUUAAGGUUAUUCAAAGGUCCCUGUCAGGCGGUCAUUUACAAAAGUCUGCAAGGAAUAAAGUCAGAUUUCUCAACUAGGGUUGUACUUGCACCAUCAUUUCUAAUAUUCUCAAAACAAAGGGUUCUCACAUUUCUCCAUUUAUUUUCAGUGAUAGAAAUCCUCUCUCUCUCUCUCCAUGAUUCAGCCCCAAAAUGAAUCAAAGACGGUUACGUUAGAAUAGUAGUAAAGGCAGCUUAUUAGUGACACAAGUAAAAUUGUUGGUAAUUUGAGACUCAGAAUGUCAUUUUAAAAAUAAAAAAUAAAAACAUUACCAAGUUCACAUACGAAUCCGGCUUAACCAACAAUGCAUCUAAAUAUCAAGGAGUUGAGGGCAGGAGAAUUGGAGGGAUGGGGAGAGGAUGGCCCCUUCCCGACUUGGCUAAAAGGCCAACUUUUGAUAUGAGUUGGAAGAAAUCAGUCUGUCUUGGACUCCUCUCACUUUUUAUUUAUCUCCCUGUGCCCAGGGUCUGCUUGUUUGACAACACUCCCUACCCUGACCGCUCCUAAUCACAAGUCAUCUCCUCUCAAUGUCUCAUCUACUCAUACCUGAUAACAGUCUGGGGUGGAGAGUGCUUUGUACAUUAUGCAGUUAAUCCUUUGGUGCUUUUAUUUUCAGGCCUUUUAAAAAAAUUAGAGAAUGAUGUGGAGGUUUUUGUUUAAAUAUUGAAACUUCUUUGUACUACAGUUUUUGUAUUGACAGCCAAAUGUAUCCUUUAUUCUUCUCCAGACUGAAUAAAGUGAUUUUAGAGAACUGCCAGCUACAAAGUAUUUCCUUUUGUCUUAGACUUGUAGAGCCCUAACUCUUGUAGCUGACUGCUCAAGAAAAGCAAAUCUGGAGCCAUCAUGACUCUGAUAUCAACCAAAGGAAAGUUUUCCUAGUCAUGUGAGGCAAGAGGAUGAUCCUGAUGAUUUUAACUUUUGCAAACAUUGCUGAGGUUUUCUGAUUAUACUGUUGGCCUUUUCUCUGAGCAGUGCGGUUAUACUAGAAGUGGAGCUUCUAAGCUUAACAUUAUUACCUCAGAAGCAUAAACAAAUCAGGCCCAAAGAAUAUAGGUCCUAGAAAUUUGUUUCAAAGCAGCCCCAGUCAUGGCACUGGUGUUAACCCUUCAUGGUUAGGGGAGGGUGUCUUCUGUCUGUAGGACUCUGGCCUAAAAAUUGCAGCUCGGACACCAAACUGAGCACCUUUAACAGGGACAUUAUUUCCUCCUGAUAGCCGUUCAGUACGUGGACUUACUAUUGUAGAAUUCUGGCAAAGAGGGAAAAUAGUAGUCCCUCAGUCUUCCUGUGUUUUUGUAUUCGAUACUGAUAUUUCAGACUGUAAAAGGCUCUUGGGGGAUGUUAAAUGUGAUAGUAAGUUUAUUGAAGCAACUGCUUCGAAAUCCACUUGGGUUUUUCUCUCAUCAUCAGAUUCUGUUCCAAACAAGUAUUCUGUAAAUCCAAAUGGAUUGCCAGUGUGCAUAGAUUUAUUAUAGAACAUUCUGUGUUUGGUCUGCAUCAAAAAAUAGCUUGCAUAAGUUAGUCUUGGUUACCAUCUAAAAUAUUUUUAAAUGUUCUUUAUGAAAAUCUAUGUUGUAUUUUUAAAUCUUUAGGGGCUUUAUCUAUUUUUCUAAGUUUAUUGUACUUUUUCAAAGUAUUUUGUAUCUACUUUUGUAACUUCAUCAGAAUAAAAUAUAUUGAAAGAAAGAAAUGACUCAAAUUUGUGUCUCAACACAGUUAUUUGUGAAACUUGAGAAUUUUGCAGCCGUUGUAAAACAUUGUCUUUGCUUAUCAUUUAGAAGCUAAAAAUGUUUUCUUAACUCUUAGAAGAAAGGGUACAGUGGCUAAAACCCAUUCCAGAGAAAAAAAUAAGUUAGUCUCCUUUCUACCAUGUUAACCAAGGUCUUGACAUUCCUGGCUGUGAGGUUGAGAAAAUGGACGAGGGGAGACUGAACUUAAUUUCCUGACCUAGAAAUUGAGUACUCUGCAUUACCUAAAAGACAACCCCCUCCCAGGCAUUUUUCAUUAUUGUAGGGAAAAUAUUAGUUAUUUUUAGAGGUCCAAAUUAUAGACACCUAAUAUUAGGUCUAUUCAAAAUAGCAGUGUUAGAAUUGUU